AUGGGCUCCUUGGGCACUUCGGAUCCGCUUUUGGCCAUUGCCAUGCGCGCAGCCCACGCACGUUCAGCCGUGAGCAAACAUCUGCUCGAAAAGUACAAAGUCAAGUACAAGCAGCCGGAUGCAGAAUCCUUGCCGUUCCAGGCACACGUCAUUCAGGAGCCCCAUACACACAACGACGAAGAUGGCGGGGGCGAUCUGCCUGACAGGAACAAGAAGAUUUGCAUCAUCGGUGCUGGCGCCGCUGGCCUUGCGGCAGCCAUGAGUCUGCACGAGGCCGAGUUCUACAACAUUGACAUACUUACGCUUGAUCUCCUUGCCAAGUUGAAGGUCAAUACAACUAGGUACUACUACGGCCUCAAGGGGCUCAGCGCCAAGCAAUCAGACGAGAUUGUGCCCAAGAUGUGGUAUUUCGAGAAUAGCCGCCCCGAGUCGAAGAAGUUUGCAGACGUGAUGGACAGGCUCCUUCUGCAGCAGGGGUUCCUAGUCAGGGUCCCCGGAGACAAAGACAAACGUCAAGCAGGCAACUUUGAGGAAGCAUAUGACAACUUCAUGAAUGACAAGCUCGACAAACUCUCAACUAGAUCCUAUCUGCUCACCAAGGACUACACCUACGAGGAAACGUUGUAUGCCGAGCUUGCAGUUUCCGGCCGGAACGAUUCAUUCGACCAAGCUCUGCUUGAGACUGUCUGCGACUAUCUUGACUUCCAGCAGGCGGAGAAUGCUGACUGGUACCGUGUCGAAGGCGGCAUGGAGGUACUUGUGAAGGCAAUGGUUGAUGAAGUUGCAAAGCGGCCCGAGACCAAGCUCAAGACUAACACAGCUGUCGUGGCACUCAAGAAUGACGAAGACAGAAAGAAAAUCAUCGUCACGACGGAGAGCGGAGAUGUCACGGAGUACGACGCCGUCUUCAACACAACAUCCAUGCCCUGCCUCGAGCGCAUGGACAUUUCAGAGCUCGGUCUCUCUAAGAAGAUCCUCACUGGUAUUCGCAGCCUGCACUACGACAACUCGGCGAAGGUCGCCAUCAAGUUCAAGAAGGCCUGGUGGAUGCCGCUGCUCAAGGUCCCUGGCGGUGUUUCGGCUACUGAUCUUCCAAUCAGCAAUAUCGUCUACCCGUCCUUCGACAUCGCCGAGGACGAGCCGGCUGUCCUCUUGGCAUCGUACUCGUGGUCGCAAGACGCGAUCCGCAUGGCCGCACUCUUCGACAACUCCAAACCCGGUGCAUGUGAGCCAAAUGUGGAGGAUGAGGUCGUGAAGCAGGUGCUCAAGAACAUUGCACAAGUUUGGUCCAAGUCGAAGCUGGAGCACCCGCCUACGUAUGGGGACCUGCGAGAUAUGUAUCUCAACCACUUUGCAUGGUCUUGGGACCAGGACAAGUAUACUGGUGGCGCCUUUGCACUGUUCGGGCCCGGGCAGUUCCAGAACUUUUACGCCGACUUCCAGGAUCCGCAAUGCCAGGGCAAGUUCAUGAUGUGUGGCGAGGCCAUCAGCGUGGAGCAUGCGUGGAUAUCGGGGGCACUCAAGAGCGCGUAUUGCGCCGUGCUGAAGUGGACGCGCAAGAGGGAUCUGAAGUGUGGCCAUGGCGAUAUUUGUCAGACCCUGCUUAAGAGGUCGAUCCUCGGCGGCGGCAAGGGCGAGCACCCGCUGGAGCUGGACGAGAAUCUCCUGUACUGGACUGUCGACCUGCAGAACGUGGAGCUCGAUGUCGCGGCGCCCAAGCUUGCGGCGGCCGCCGCGUAA